AUGAGUGCAGGUAAAAGCGAUCACAAAGAUGAGGUUGGGUAUGUUUUGAAAGAAUUAAAAGAAGGUUUACCACAUGGUGAUAUAUUUGAUGUUAAAUAUGGCGAUGCCAGUGUUGAUAAUUGCCUCGAAUUAACAAAAGAUGAGUCAAAAUCAAAACCGGUAAUUGAAGUUGAUAAUAGGAGAUUAAAAGCGAAAAAUCAAUAUCUGACAUUGAUAAUGACCGAUCCGGAUGCGCCUUCUCCCACUAAUCAUACUCGUGCCCCAUAUCUUCAUUACAUUGUUACUAAUGCACGAAAAAUGGAUUUUAGCGAUGGAACAGCCAUAUGCAACUAUAUGGGUCCAAAUCCUCCCAGUGGUUCAGGACCACAUCGUUAUAUUUUCUUAUUAUAUAUUUCAAAUGACAUGGUUGAGCAUGAUAACAUAGAUGAUAGCCAACGUGUACAAUAUCCUAUACAUGAAUUUGUUCGAACAUAUAAUCUCGGUCUUGAAGCGGCAAAAUAUUUUAUAACAUCAGGUUAA